AUGUCAGGUCGUACUCGCACCCGCGAUCAAAUCUUCCCCCGUGCCCUUAUCGAGCGUUACGAGGGUGACUCGGAGGACGCCAACGACGCCACCGACGCCGACGCCGACAUCAACGAGGGAGGUGACGACGGCGGCGAUGGUAACGACAACGACAGCACCAACAACAUCGACCACAAGAACGACGACGACCUUGAGCUCAAAGAGGGCAGUGAGGUCGCCGAUGCGGAGGAGCAGCCCGAGCAGGCAACUGUAGGAGGACUACCAGGCAUCGCGCGUGAGGCGGUACUGAUGCUGAGCCCACAGGCCCACUCGUCGUCGGAGGCCAGCACUCAACUCGACCUCCAUGCGGCCCACCCCGUCGGCACCGGUGAUCUCGCUGUUACCAAGCCGGACCGCGAGCAGCCGAAGUCAACCGUUCAUGCCAAGGCAAGCCGGUGGGCACGCUUCCAAGCCGCAGUCACCUUUCGCCGCAAGCGACAGAAGCACUAG